ACCACACCUCCCCUCUUCUCUUUCUCCAUUAAUAGUUUCAAGCUGGAGCGAUCGAAGCACUUGAGGUUGGGUAGGAUCGAUGUCUCCAACCCUAAGCUAUGGAUCGUCGUGGGGAUCACCGUCGCCGGGGUCGUCGUCCUUGCGGAGGCCACGCGGCGACGGCGGCGGCGGUGGAUCCUGAGCGAAGAGUCCAAGCCCGUCGAGAGCUUCGGCGCCUUCGUCGAGCGCUUCGAGCUCGCCCCCUCCCCGCAGCCGCCCCCGCCCGCCGCGCGCCUCGCCCUCGCCGGCCUCACCUUCGCCGUCAGUGACAAUUUCGAGAUCAAGGGAUACGUCGCCGGGUUCGGGAACCCGGAUUGGCGGAGGACGCACGAGCCGGCCACCCGGACGGCUGUGGCGGUCGCGGCCCUUCUGAAGCAGGGGGCCACGUGCGUAGGGAGGACUGUCAUGGAUGAAUUGGCUUUCGGUUUCACAGGACAAAACUUGCACUAUGGAAUGCCGGUCAAUCCAGAUCUGCCAUCAUUAAUCCCAGGAGGAUCAUGUAGUGGUGCUGCUGUUGCUGUUGCUGCUGAACUUGUUGACUUCGCGCUUGGUGCUGACACGGUGGGAGGUGUGAGAGUCCCAGCAUCUUUUUGUGGUAUCUUCAGUUUCAGGCCUUCUCAUGGGUUUGUAUCUUCCAUUGGAGUUUUGGCGAAUUCACAGAGCUUAGAUGCUAUUGGUUGGCUUGCUCGAGAUCCGUCUAUUUUACGUGAUAUUGGGUAUGUACUGUUACAAGAAUGUCCAGUGAGGCUUAGACAAACAAAGCAGUUCAUUUUUGCUGAUGAUUGCUUUCAGUUGUUACGGGCUCCAAAACAGAAGACUAUGCAUGUUAUAAGCAAUGCUAUCGAAACUUUAUCUGGAUACCAGCCUGCAAAGCAUAUGAAUAUUGGUCAGUAUAUUGCCUCAAAUGUAGCUGGUCUAAAAGAGUUUUCUGAACCUUCUACAAAGAUGCAACAGGGAUUAUCUGCUCUGCAGGCUCUUUCGAAGGUUAUGGGGUUAUUGCAGAGAUAUGAAUUCAAAUCAAAUCAUGAAGAUUGGAUUAACACGGUGAAACCCAGGAUUAGUAUUGACAUGUCUCCUCAUAUUUUAGCAGCUGUGAAUUCUAUGCAUGAUAACAUCAAGUCCUUGUACAGUGUUCGGACUGAGCUACGAGCCGCACUUAAUAGCCUACUUAAGGAUGCAGGAAUUUUGGUAAUUCCAACGACGGUAGAUUUGCCAUGGAAGCGAAAUUCUAAGCAAAAAAUAUCUCCAGAGUUUGAAGAUCGACUCUACACAUUGUUGAGCAUUGCUGGAGUCUCUGGCUGCUGUCAGGCUACCAUUCCGUUAGGGAAGCAUGAUGAGCACCGAAUUUCCAUUUCAUUUAUAGCUGCACAUGGAGCAGAUAAAUUUCUUCUUGAUACUAUUUUGGACAUAUAUGCUUCUAUAAAGGAACAGAUCAACAUGGCAUCGAACUCAGUUCUGGCACCAGAUAACAAUAUGGAUAUGGAUGCAUCAGAAUUGUUGAAAGAAAAGGGCAAUACUGCAUUUAAGGGAAAGCAGUGGAACAAGGCUGUUACCUAUUAUACUGAAGCUAUCAAGUUGAAUGAUACAAGUGCGACCUACUACUGCAAUAGGGCAGCUGCAUAUCUGGAACUGGGCUGCCUUCAGCAAGCUGAAGCAGAUUGCAAUCAGGCUAUUUUGUUGGAUAAGAAGAAUGUCAAAGCAUAUCUAAGGCGAGGAACAGCCCGGGAAAUGCUGUUGUACUAUAAAGAAGCUCUUCAAGAUUUCAGGCAUGCUCUGGCCCUUGAACCACAAAACAAGGCUGCACUCGCGGCAGAGAAAAGAUUACAGAAACUUAUUAGAUGAUGUCGCAGCGAUUAUCAGAGUGCAUGAUUUUGAUCGGUAUGCAGAUGGAAGGCAAUUUCGAUGGAAGCCAAUGGGCAACAAUCCACAUACCACGACAGUCUUCUGAGUAUUUAUGGGUUCAAUAUUACGGUGAAGUUUGAUGCCGGAAAACUCAAUUUUGAUCUAGUUUGUUCGCUUUACUGAAUGUGUCAGUACUUUUUUUUAAAAGAAAUUCUUGCAGCAAGUUAUUACUGAAAUAUGGCCCAUAUGUUGCAAUUGUCAGAUGAAAUGAUGUCGUCAAGUGUUUUCCGAUACCCCUCUUUAUAACUUGUACUGUUUACUGCUGUAACAAAAUGCAGUAACGUUACGAGGUUAUUUAACCUAACCUGCUUACGGCAGGCAGUUUUUUUAAUUUUCUUUUUUUUAAUUUCCUUUUUCGUGAUGGUGGAGAAUUUUGUUAUAUGUGAACAGCCGGUGUGUUGGGCACCAACACGGCAUAAUUUGCUGCUGUAAAUACUUUAUUUUGUCGAGCUAUUUUUCCACGGGGAAGUA